AUGGAGCAGGUAGACGUCCUUGUUGUGGGUGCUGGUUGGUAUGGACUGGUGGCAGCACAGACGUACCUAAAACUUGCCCCAGAGACUAAUCUUCUCGUGGUGGAUGACGGAGAGACGAUCGGUGGAAUCUGGAGCCAGGAGCGCAUCUACCCCAGCCUCUACGCGCAGAUCAGCUAUCCGCUCUUUGAGUACUCGUUCUAUCCGAUGAAGAACGAGGGAAUCUCCCCCGGUGGCUUCAUCUCCGGGCAAGCAAUCCACAACUAUCUUGCCAGCUUUGCCGAAGAUCAUGACCUCAUGCGUUACAUUCGUCUUCGGACUCGCGUGUCUCAAGUGCGUCGAAAUGCCAAUCACCAAGGCUGGAUAGUGGAAACACAUUCCGGGGAGCGACAAAUCGAAUGCAAAAAGUUGAUCUAUGCCACGGGUGCCAAUUCAAGCCCUAUUAGACCGAAAUGGCCACGAGAGAACUUCCACAAGCCCGUCAUCCACUCGCUAGACAUCGCCUCUAACCUGUCCUUGAUCGAGAGCGACGUGAUCCAGCGAGCCACUGUGGUGGGAGCCUCGAAAUCAUCCUAUGACACCGUCUACCAGCUACUCAAAGCGGGGAAGAAGGUGGACUGGGUUAUCCGACCGAGUGCCUCCGGAGCGUUUUCCAUAUUUGCCCCGACGUUCAUGGGUUUGUGGCAUAUAUCAGACCAUAUCUCCACCCGAUUCGCAUCCAGCUUUAGCCCAAGCAUCAUGAGCUGUAAUGGGCUCUGGGAUAACUUUUUGCAGCGGAGUGUGAUCGGUAGAUCACUCAUGCGUGUCUAUUGGCAAGUUGCCACAGGUCUGGCAGGUAGAUAUGCGCGCUUCGGCGAUGAUGAGCAUACCGAGCAUCUGCGGCCCUGGCCUCACACAGAUGGGCUUUUCUGGGGCAGUGGAGGUAUCGGAAUAGCGACCGUGCCCGACUUUUGGCAAGUCAUCCACGAGGGAGACGUCACGGUGCACCGCACGGAGAUAGAAUCACUCUCGCAUCUGGAUGUUGUCAACUUCAAGAACGGCUUUUCCGUGCCGACUGACAUUGUUAUUCACUGUACCGGAUUUGAGAAGGGAUACGAUACGUUCAGCCCCUCGCUGCAGGAAGAACUAGGUCUCCAUUACGACUCCUCGUUGUUCUCCAAGUGGACGGUACUGGACGCACAGGCCGAGCAGAAGGUAAACGAUCAGCUACCUAUCCUGAACAACUCGCCUUUCGAGGCACUGGAGCAGAGAAAGCACACCCAGGGACCAAAUCGGCAUUAUCGUCGUCUCAUUGUUCCCGAACUGGCGGCCAAAGGGGACAGAUCCAUCGUGUUCCCGGGUCACAUUCACUCUGCCUUCACACCACUGGCAGCGGAACUCCAUGCAUUGUGGGGGUUUGCGUUUCUGAACGACUGGAUGAAUGUCCCUGGGAAGGAGGAAAUGGAGCUAGAGGCAGCGACCUUCAAUGCAUGGACUCGCAAGCGAUAUAUUGAACAGGGGAAGAAGCACUCGUAUUUUAUUUACGACUAUAUCUCGUACCUGGACAUUCUCAUGAGAGAUCUUGGCCUCAAUCCCCGUCGGAAGAAGACUGUUUUUGAGGAGUGGUUCGUCCCGUACCGGCCGCAAGACUAUCGGGGGCUGCUCCAGGAGUAUCUGAGUGCCCAUUCGCGACGGAUUCCCGAGGGAAUGACACUCACAAGGCAGAGGUGA